UCCGUCACCGGAAUAGGGCCGUGCAAGGGAUGUUGUCAUCUGUCAAAUUUGGCCUUCAAUGCGCUGGGAAUCCUAUUGCAAUUUGUAUAGAAUUUUGCAAUGUUCAAAUGAAGUUCUAACCAAGAUCGAUGGUGUGACAUAAAGGUGCUUGCGUUCAUGUGUUAAAAUGACAUCGAGGAGCAAAAAUGCGGUGCGAAUUUACGAAACAGAAAUUGACAAGAGCAGAGAGGAGGCGAAUUGGAAGAAGGUAGUGGACCUGGCUCAACAGCUGAAGGCCAGGUCACCACAGCAUGAAAGCCUCGCUCACUUCCUCAUCGGUGAAGGAAAGCUGGAAGCGUUUCUUGACGAAUGGCCACCGACGAAGGAGAACAUCGAGAGGGCCCAGCGGGAGCUGUCCGAAGCGCGUGGGUACCUCACCCUGGCCACAGAUGACGCUGGGAAGCGGGCAGGAGUAGCGCUGGACGCUCACUUGCUCUUGGGCAAGUUGAACUAUGCCUGUGGAGCGUACGAUGUUGCAUUAAAACACUACCAGUUGGCCGAACUGAAUACCUUGACUGAAAAAGAAUUACCAGUCCGGAGCGUGCGCAUCGUGGCCGAGUCGUACGCGAUCAAAGGGCUGUGCCUCGAGCAAAACGCCCUGCCCGGCUCCACCAGCCGCUACAAGCAGGCGGAGAAGGAGUCUGAAAUGAUCCGCAGCUUCGAGUUGGCGUCAGACCUGACGCUGCUAUAUCUUCAGCGCGCACAGGCGGCGGGCGCGCGCGCCGGGCCUACGCUCGAGACGGCGCUCCAACGAGUGCCUAUACUACACAUACGGGCUGGCCGGUUACAGAACGCUAUUGACAGCGCCGGGCCCACGCUCGAGACGGCGCUCCAACGAGUGCCUAUAUUGCACAUACGGGCUGGCCGGUUACAGAACGCUAUUGACAGGUACCGCUCGAUGCUGACGGCGGUGGAGUCGACGUCGACGCAGGCGCUGCGCCUCACGCUCACGCGCCAGCUGGCCGAGGUGCUCAUGCGCGGCGUCACCGGGCAGGUAUACAAAGCGCCAGAGAAGCUAACAGUGAUGCCACAGCAAGGAACGCUGACGAGGCGGCGGGAAGACCACGUCUCGGAAGGACCUUGGAAACCAAAGAAGUAUGCUGGGAUCAACCAGUUCGUACCCCGCAACGAGUACGAGGAGGUGGUGCUGCUGCUGCUGGUGGGCGAGGCGAUGGCGGUGCGCGACGCCGUGCUGUCGCAGAGCGCCGAGUUCGAGGCGGCGCGCCGGCACUCGCUCGCCAACGCCGUCGCCGUCGCCGACCUGCUCGCGCUCGCCGCCGCGCGCUGGGGGCAGCUGUGCCUCGUGCUCGAGGUACUGUUCCAGAAGUGUAGGCGCGUGUCGCAGCGCGCCGAGUUCGAGGCGGCGCGCCGGCACUCGCUCGCCAACGCCGUCGCCGUCGCCGACCUGCUCGCGCUCGCCGCCGCGCGCUGGGGGCAGCUGUGCCUCGUGCUCGAGGUACUGUUCCAGAAGUGUAGGCGCGUGUCGCAGCGCGCCGAGUUCGAGGCGGCGCGCCGGCACUCGCUCGCCAACGCCGUCGCCGUCGCCGACCUGCUCGCGCUCGCCGCCGCGCGCUGGGGGCAGCUGUGCCUCGUGCUCGAGGUACUGUUCCAGAAGUGUAGGCGCGUGUCGCAGCGCGCCGAGUUCGAGGCGGCGCGCCGGCACUCGCUCGCCAACGCCGUCGCCGUCGCCGACCUGCUCGCGCUCGCCGCCGCGCGCUGGGGGCAGCUGUGCCUCGUGCUCGAGGUACUGUUCCAGAAGUGUAGGCGCGUGUCGCAGCGCGCCGAGUUCGAGGCGGCGCGCCGGCACUCGCUCGCCAACGCCGUCGCCGUCGCCGACCUGCUCGCGCUCGCCGCCGCGCAAGUGUAG